GGGGACUACAUUUUGUCAAAGGUUGUACUUAUUUCCGUGUAUUGUAAAGUUAUUUUAUUACUGACAUGCGUUCUUAUGGCACUUCAUAAAGAAGCCAAUACAACCAAGGAAAAGAAUAGGUUAUUCGAUGAUUAUUUUCAGUCCUGUUUACUAAAGUGUCAAUUUGCGUAAUGGAGGGUUCAAAAGUGGAAAAAAGAUUAAUAUUAGACGAUUCCGAUGCAAAACCUCUUGAACCCAUUUUAGUAAGGAUUGACAAAAGUGGAUGUGCACCUAAUGACAUUGACAUUGAUAAAAAUGAGUUUAAAAUUGGUCGUGCGAGGGACAACGACGAAAUUAUUUUAGACACAAUGAUAUCUAGAAAGCAGUGUAUGUUUAGGUGUGAAGGAAACGAAGAAUGGACCAUUAAGGACAUAAGUUCUUCUACUACGUUUCUGAACGAUACUCCUCUGAUUUUUGGAUCGAGUCAAAGGAUCUAUGAUGGGGACAUUGUUCAGUUUAGUACAAGCAACCAAUUUAGGUAUAUGUUUACUCUUGUUAUCAAAGAAGAACAUAGAAGUAAAAGACCUAAGUUGGAAGAACAGAUAAUGGACAAUGUUUUCAUAGAGCAAGAGACGUUUUCAAAAAAUCAGGAAUGUCAGAAAAGAGUUUUAAAAGACAAAUUAGAGACAAAACAAAAGGAACAAGAUGAAUUGAAACAGCAAUUAGAGCACCUUUUAAGUCAGCAAAAUGCUACAAAGGAGAACACUGAAGAUUUGAAGAAACAAAUUAUAAUAUUAGAAAGCAAAAUAGAAAGUGGUAAUGUUCAAGAGCAGCAUUUGCAAGUGAUAUAUGCCGAACUGUUAGAGAAAUUAGAAAACGAAAGAGUACAAUUUGAAAAACGAUUAAAUGAUGAAAAGCAAAAAUGGCAGGAAGCAUUGAACGUUAGUAAACAAGAAAAAGAAACAUUAGAAAUUAAAAUGAAAGAGCAGAUGGAAAAAUGGAGGGAAGAACAACAGGCUGAAUGGAAGAGUGUUAUGGAAAACAGAGUUAAAGAAGAGAAAAAUAUACAAACUCAGUUAUUAAAUGAAAAAACAGUCUUGGAGGAGAAACUAAAAGAAAUUGAAAAAACUUUAAAAGAACAGGAAGCUAAAGCAGAAACAGUACAGAAUAAUGUUGCAGGACCUUCUGAAAAUGUUAAUGAUAGUUGUAUACUUUUAGAAUUUGUAAACAAUCCUUCAGAAUAUCAUAUCUUUGAUACUAUAGAUUUAACUUUGCCUACUCAGCUUAGUAUAGAUAACAAAGAAAGAGAAAAUGUACUUGAUAAAGUUAGCGAUAUAAUGAAUGAACAAUUAACGUGCAGCGUAUGUUCAGAAUUAUUUGUGGAAGCAACAACACUAAGUUGUAUGCAUACAUUCUGUCAACAUUGUAUAAAAACGUGGAUCAAAAAACGAAAAGAAUGUCCUGUGUGUAGAGCACCAGUGGCAUCAAUGAAUAGGUCAAUAGUUCUUGAUAAUUUUAUUGAAAGCAUGUUAGAGAAUUUACCCACUGAUCUCAAAGAAAAGAGGAAUGAGGUCGUGGAAGAAAGAAAAGCAAUGAAGCGUAAAAAGAAAAUUCGUUGAAACAUUUCUACGAAAAAAGA